AUGCUACCAUAACCAUGGAUUAGUUUGGCGGACCUCGACACGAUAUAUGAAUUACUCCGAUAUCUAGUACUUUAUCGUCAUUUUAUCGCGAUAUUUUCGCUCGGGAAGUGCGAUCGAAGUUAAAAGUUAUCAAACCCCAUCAGCAGAAGAGAAGGAAGCACAUAACUUCAUCAACGAUGGAAGAAGAGGUGAAGCUGCUUGGAGCUUGGCCUAGUCCGUAUAGUUACAGAGUGCUGUGGGCUCUCAGCCUCAAGGAUAUCAAAUAUGAGUAUGUGGAAGAGGAUCUUUCCAACAAGAGUGACUUGCUGUUGCAGUAUAAUCCUGUUUACAAGAAGAUCCCAGUGCUUGUUCAUGGUGGAAAACCCAUCUCUGAGUCCCUCGUUAUACUUGAGUACAUGGAGGAGACUUGGCCUCAGAAUCCUUUGCUCCCACAGGACCCUUAUGACAAGGCCAUGGCUCGGUUCUGGGCAAAGUUUGGGGAGGACAAGGGCCCAAUUUUUAUGGCAAUCUUUGUAACUGUGGGAGAAGAACAAGAGAAGGCAGCAAAAGAAGCCAAAGAACAGCUGACAAUCGUAGAAGAGCAAGCGCUUGGGGAGAAGAAGUUUUUUGGAGGGGACAAAAUUGGACUGACGGACAUAGUCCUUGGGUGGAUAGCUGGCUGGCUUGAUGUCAUUGAAGAAGUAUCUGGCCUAAAACUGCUGGAAGCUGAAACCUUCCCGCGCUUGCAUGCUUGGGUUCAGAGGUUUAAGGAAGUCCCUGGGAUCAAAGAGCAACUCCCCGAUCGCGACGAGAUGUUGGUCUAUUACAAGAAAAAAAGGGAGAUGUUUAUUGGAUCAGUAACACCUUAGAAACUAGCAUUGAGCUAUCUGCAUUUCAAUGGCAUGUCUGCUCUGUCUCCUUAAGCUUUAGCUGGUACUGUUGUUAGCAAAUGAAGCUCUAGAUCUUCUCUUCAUUUCAUGGAAUGAUUAACUUCAUUAUCUCAUGGAUAAUCCUGAUAUUCCAAAGACUCCCAUUACUAUUAUGUCGAUUUGCUGCUAAGAAUAUGAACAUGGCUCUUAUUCUA